UACACACACACAUGCGCGCGCUCUUUAACUAGGGGGACGGGGGGUGAGUGACAGGCUGCGCAGUAGGAGCAGAGGCGAUGCUGGCUGUCUGUCCUACUGUACACUCGUGCUAUUCACACAUCGACACAAGAGGCUUUCACACACUUUAACGAGCCGUUAGGUUGAUGACUUUCCCCCCCUUGAAACAAGAACGAGGACACACCGUGUGUGUGUGUGUGUGUGUGGAAGCAGACGCACACGAGCGAGUCUCGCAUGCACGACGAGCGACUUUUUUUUCCAGAAGGAAGGAGAGGAAAACACCGCGAGCCGUGCUCCAGUGUGAGUGAGUGAAUGAAUGAAGACGGGACGGGAUUAAGAGAGCGCGAUGGAGAGCGAGGCUCCGAGCUGCGAGGACGUGCGGAAGAGCGGCUACCUGCGCAAGCAGAAGUCCAUGCACCGGCGCUACUUCGUGCUGCGCGCGGCCUCGGCGCGGGGUCCGGCCCGCCUCGAGUACUACGAGAGCGAGAAGAAGUUCCGCGGCGGCAAGGCGACGGCGCCCAAGCGCGCGCUCGCGCUCGAGACCUGCUUCAACAUCAACAAGCGCGCGGACGCCAAGCACAAGCACAUGAUCGUGCUGUACUCGCGCGCGGAGAGCUUCGCCGUGGCCGCGGAGAGCGAGGAAGACCAGGACGAGUGGUACCGCGCGCUGCUCGAGCUGCACUGCAAGAGUAAAGCAGUCUGUGAUGGUAAUUCUGGAGACUAUGGUGUGCCAUCGCCUGGACCUGCGUUUAAGGAGGUCUGGCAAGUUAAAGUUUGGCCGAAAGGUCUUGGGCAAGCUAAAAACCUAGUGGGUAUAUACCGACUCUGCCUUACAGAUAAGACCGUCAACUUUGUCAAGCUCAACUCAGAUGCAGCAGCUGUUGUAUUGCAGCUUAUGAAUGUGAGACGUUGUGGCCAUUCUGAAAAUUUCUUCUUUGUGGAGGUUGGCCGAUCAGCAGUGACUGGCCCUGGUGAGUUCUGGAUGCAGGUAGAGGAUUCAGUCGUGGCACAAAACAUGCAUGAGACUCUACUUGAAGCCAUGAAGUCCCUAAGUGAGGAGUUUCGUCAACGCAGUAAGUCACAGUCUACUACAGCAGGAGGAGGUGGUGGUGCUAUUCCAUCUAAUCCAAUCAGUGUUCCAUCUCGUCGCCACCACCCAAACCCUCCACCCAGCCAAGUGGGUUUCAUCAGACGACCUCGCACAGAGCCACCCGGAACCACUGGAGGAGGAAGUGGCACUAGCAACAAUGCCUCACCUACACCUCGCCAUGCGUUAUCGAGACCCUGUAGCUCCAGUGAUGGCGCAAAAGUAGAGGAUGGCAUGAAUGCCGGGACAAAGGGUGUAAAUUCCUGUUCAAGUCCCACAACAAAUGGAUCCUGUUCUAGCACACCUAUUCUCAGGUCUACGUCUGUACGUGGUCCCACACCAGUCAAGCCACAGCAUGCUCUAAUGAGGUCCAUCUCAAAUCCAGCCACUUCACCUGCCCAGAACCUCUCCUCCUACUCAGCCAGUGGGUCAGAAUUUGUAGGCACAGGUCCCGGAACUACUGCUGCUGGUGGGGAUGGAAAUGGAAACACGUACAAUCGAAUGCCUCUGCGCCAGCCAUCAGUUUCUGGUUCAUUCAGUGACUAUGGUUCUUCAGAUGAAUACGGUUCCAGCCCAGGUGAGCAUUCUUUGCUGACUGCAACUGUUCAGACAGAUUCUGUAGGUAGCUCCGGUGGGGAUGAAGCUGCCAACUAUAUCCUUAUGGCACAGAAAGGGGCAUUCAAUUCAUUGCCAACUGACAACUCUGUGCCUCAGAUUAGAAGGGUUCUGCGACGUUCUUCGGGGCGUGAAUGUGACAAUGAACGUAGGAUGAUCAGUAAAAGGGCAUCUCUUCCUCCCAUGGCUCUUGAGAGACUUGGCACUUAUCGCAGAGGAGCAGAUAUAGAGAUUGAGGAGGACAACUAUGCUAUAAUGUCUCGAAGUACUAGUCGUGAGUCUUUCAGCUCACGCCAGGAUUCAGAAUCAGUUGUUGGUGGAACCAGAUAUCUGGAUGUAGCUGCAGAGUCUAAAGCUGACACGGAAAACUGUGGAUCAGAUGGAUCAACUGUUACCAGUAACGGUAAUGUGGGUAGUGACAAUGGAUACAUGUCCAUGUUGCCAGGGGUAACGUCUCCUCCAGUGUCCCUCUCUCACUCGUUGUCAGUAGCAGUGUCAGACUCAAAACCUGCAGAUGACUAUAUGGCUAUGACUCCCAACAAUAGUAUUUCACUUCCUCAGCAGAUCCACCUUCCUACUUCUAACACAGAUGGCUAUAUGUUGAUGUCGCCAAAUAGCAGCUGCUCCCCAGAUCAGCGUGUGGUUUCAGGAGCCUGGGUUGGCAGGAACAGUGCAGACAGUAGGCCUGGCAGUGAUUAUAUGAACAUGUCACCUAUCAGUUUACGUGCCAACAGCACUCAUUCUCCUCAAGAGUCUCUUACAGCAUCUGAAAAACGUCCUCAGCAACCUCCCCCCAAAAUGGUAUAUUCUUACUAUUCCCUACCCCGUUCUUAUAAACACAACAGCACUAAACACUUUGAGGAUGGUUUAGGAAAAGGAAAGUGUACUGAACAUGGAAAUGGUGGGGGUCAAGGUUUUGGCAGUUCUAAAGGCACAUCCAAUUAUCAAGAACCUGGAGUUGGACGGCACUUUUCUUUUUCCUCCUCAUCAUACUCGUCCAGUUCAGCUAGCAGUGAAAGUCUGGGCGAGAGUGAAGAAAGGACCCAGGUGAGAAGGAGAGCUGCAGGGGCCCAAGUAAAGGGUGGGUCUGGGGCAGCUAAACAAGCACAUAGCCAGAGAAACCGUCCUCUUAGUUUGUUUGUGGAUGUCUCUAAAGCCAAUACCUUACCUAGGGUCCGUGAGACCCCAGCCCCGCCUGAGCCUAAAAGUCCUGGUGAAUAUGUCAGUAUAGAGUUCAAGAGUGAGCGAAGCAUUAGAGAAGUAGUUAGAGGACCUAGACAGGAUGGUUCUAUUCCUGCCAACUCACAACGCCCCUUGCCUAGACCUACUUCUUGUGUGGCUGGGUUCUUGCCACAUCCCAGCAGCCCCUCCUCUGUUCUUUCUCCAUCUGUUGCUUCAGAAUAUGUCAACAUGGAGCUAGGAGCCUCCCCAUCACCAUCUUCCUUUUCCCUCACUCCGCUUGGUUUCCCUUCUUUUCCCACUCCUCCAACCCCACCUGCAACAACCCCCAAGGCUUGGGAUGAGCAGAUAACAAUACAACAUGAAGAAGAGGGUGAAGUAGAAAUCGGACAUAGUGGGCAUCAGCCUUCAUCACCUUCUCAGUCAGUGGACUUGCCUAUGCUACGUGCAGACUACACAGAAAUGGUCUUUGGAUUGAGCUCAGACACGACCACUAGUUCUACAACAGCUAAAGAAACCCUGCUGGACAGACAAGAAUCCAUGGUUCCCACUUUAAGCCUGGGGCUUAAUUUAGAUUUUCCUAUUUCCAAAGCCCCAAAUCCAGAUCAUGGUGCUAAGGUAAUAAGGGCAGACCCUCAAGCUCGACGGCGCCACUGUUCUGAAACAUUUUUGGCCCCUUCUUCUUUGUCCUCAUGUCCUGUAAGUUCCUCCUCUUCUAUGUGCAUGAUCAAUGAUCACACCCAAGCCAUAGCACGACGACUUGGUUUAGAUGGCAUUUUGAGCAGCAGUGGAAACUUGGUAGAUAUACCAAAUCAACAUGCCAGCCAUGGAUUACCUAACACAAAUACUACUCAGAUCUCACCCACAGAGCAAGGCCUCAACUAUAUAGACCUAGACUUGGCUACGAGAGAAAGCUCACAUCUUGCUGUUGAUGCACAAACUUCUGGCCAAACAGCAGCACGGUUAUUUUCAACUGUUUUAAGUACUGGAGCGUCUGGAGGUGCUGGAGGAGCAGGAGGUCUGAGCAGCAAUGCUUCAAAUCUCAACACAUAUGCUAGCAUUGACUUCUACAAGUCAGAGGAGCUACGUUCACACCAGGGCAGCAACAGCAGCAAGGACGGUACUGAGUGUUGAAGUAUUGUCCUGGUUCUCUUGGAUACCAAGGAAUGAAGUCCUAGAGUUUUCCUUGACUGUUGAAACAAACAGGCAGCAAGAGGCAUGAGUGUGUGCGUGCGCACAAGGUCCAGCUGCCUCUUUGACACUUUGGAAAAAGACUGAUAAACCAUUUCAUUUCUGUUUUUAGUUUGACUUGUUGCUGCAACCAGGAGUAAGUGCCAAAAGAACUCUCCUUGCUGCCCAGAUUGGUUUUGUAACAAAUAAAACCCAUAGCCAAUCAGAGGACAGAAUAAAAAAAACGCCUCCCUAGAGAUAGCCAAUCAGGUACGGCCAUCAGGCAAGUGAACACUUAGGCAAAAGGAUUCAGUCGAACAAUGGAACUACAGGGAUUACAGUUCUUGAAUUAUGAAUAGCUUGAAGACGUGUCUCUUGGUUUGAUUGUAGGUUUUUGAAAGAAGCUUGAUUUUGACUGAGGAAUUGCUGGAAAGGCAAAAUCCCCAAGAGAAAGAUGUCUAACUACAAUUCUGAUGAUGGUGAUGCUCUAAGAGUCUGUGCUGUGAUGUUUAGUUAAUUAGUAUAGCAGCUUUCCCAGAAGCCUCAGUACUGAACUCUCUCACUACUAACUGUGUCUUGCUGAUUGCUUCUCACAACCCUGUCUAUAGAUCUCACCUCUCCCAGUUUCCUGACUCUUCUCUCCCGUUUUGCUUCAUUCUUUGACGUUGUUUCGCUACUUCUGGCUUUUUAUUUUACGUUCAAUUUUGAUGUGAUUUUAAUGUCUCAACUAUGCAGGAGUACUUCAGUGCCUAUCUGUAAUUUUACACUUCUCUCAUGUUCUUAUUCAGCCUCUGCUCCUACGGUAGCAUGUAGCCCAGUGCGCUAUUUUUAUCUGUACUCUUUAGGGGUGUUUCUCCACGAUGGUACCUGCUGUUACUUACCUCAUGCAGACAUGCUAGCUGAUCCAGUCCAUGGUGGACUGUACAAAUUAUGUUUCAAAUAGGAAUGUGAAAAACAUUGUCAAUCUUAAGAGUUCUGAAGAUGUUACGCUUUGUCACCGAUUUCAGACCUUUGCUGGUUUUCUUGCAGUGUUUAAAAUCAUCAGUGUAAAAGGUGGUAACAUCUCUGUUGGCAUGAAAUACCAGCCUCCAUAUUGGUCGAUGUAAUCAAAGGCAAACAGUGCCAAAGUUCGAGUAUACGGAACUCUGCUUAUAGUUCUCUAAUGUCAUGGAUAAUUUUAUAAUGCUUUUCUGUUUUUCAUUUUCUGGCAUUAUUCUAUUUUUUUUAAUUCAGCUUUUAAUGGUGGCUAACUGCCUUGUGAAGAUCAUUUUCAGUUUUACUAUAUUUAUGUGUAGGGAGAAGGCUGUUGUUGCACAAUGACCUGCCUCUAAAAAGACAUUUUAAGUGUAAACCUCAAUAUCACACGCAAAAUAUGCUUACUAAAUCAUUCUUUAAAUACACAGACUACACAGUAUGAUUAUAUGUAUACAGUUUAUUUACUAAAGAAUACACAGAAGAAUUCAGUUUUAGCUCAUGCUAAAAUGUAUACAUGCAUAUUUUAAUAUUCCUGUCGUUUUAAUGAGACAAACUGUAAACACCGAAGUGUGAGAUCGCCUGACCUGAUAGUGAGUAUCAGAGUAUCAGUUCCCUGAUAAACACGGAAAACGUUUUCUAGCCAGGGACCCAUUUGACUGUAAAAUAAAUUUUACAGGCUCUCUUAGCGCCCCUUUUUUUCUAUGACAAUACUCCAAGUAUUACAAUAUAAGACUUACUGAAAGCAUGCUUUAAAUUCUUGAACGGAACACCAUAGGUCCAAGUUAACAUUAUUUAUAUAAGUGACUUUUUAGCUUUUAGGGCUUAAAUUUUACUUUUCAAUUCAGUUCACCAGUCUAAUAGACCAAUACCAGAAGAACUCAGUCAUACAUAUAAUAACUGAUAAUGGUGGAUUUGUGAUUGUGAUUGUAAAAAAAAAAAAUAAUAAGCACAUUGUUAUUAAGCUUCUGAUUUUUAUCAGAGGCCCAGUGAUUAAACAGGUAGCAUAUAGAGUAUUACAGCGACCCAAACGGAGUGCCCUUAUAACCAGUAUUACAUUUUGAAAACAUAAUAGGGUCAUACAGAAAAAAAUGUCUAACAAGUGUCUUUCAGCGAGGCCAGGCAUGGAACAACAGACAUCCUCUCCCUCUAUCUAUCUUUAAUUCUACAACAAAUCCAUGUACAAGGAUAUACCUUAUUGUAUAUUGAGAGUAACACAGUUGAUUUUGCUACAUCAGUGUAAAAUAUCUUUUUGUAUUUUCGGAGCAUUCCCACAAUAUGUUUUGCUGCUGGUUCUACUAGUUUUUUGGGGGUUGGGAGUUAGAGCUUAGCACCUGGGUUAAUGUUGAUUUCAUGUGCUAGAAUUAUGUUUCCUGUGAAUUAGAGUCGCUUGUGUCAUACUGCAGUGUGAGCUGCCCAUUUGUGUUACUCAUGUGUUCAUGAUUCUCUGUUCAGGAAAUUAUAAAAAAAGAAA